AUGACUGGUCGUCUUUUGGCCUACCUAUUGGAUACCAAACGCUUGAUACCUGGGAAGCCCAUGCAACUCAUGUUUCCAAUGAGAGACACCAGCGUCGACUAUCUUGACCCCAGCUACAAGAUCUAUCAGACAAGAUGUUCAGCUCGAGCCUGGAUUCAGCUGAGAUUCCAUUCCCAUUGCCGGGUUGACUUCAGCCGCGGAACCAAGGCAGAGCUUGUCGUCUGCUUGGUACAUACCCCUGUAGCCGGGACCAUUAUUGACCUUCGAUUUUCGGCUCUUCUCAAGAUCAUCCAUCCAUAA